CGACGUCAGCAGCAGCGCCACACCGGGGCUGAAGAAGGAGUGGGUGACGAGGAGCGAUCACCACCACCAGGAAAAAACACCAGGAGCCGUAAACUGCACGGACUACAUGGCUCCAUUUGACCGCCAGUGAGACGCCCUUUUCCGCGUUUUACAGGGUCUGGUCCUGGGGGCCUGUUUGGGAGAAGUCUAGAUAAAUGCGCCGGAGCUGCUCCGUCAGGCCGAGCCCUGUGCUUUUCUGCUUCAGCCAGUCUGCUGCAAAUCCAGGGAUGGCUAGCUGAGCUAACCUAGCCCGCUAACAAUUAGCCUGUCCAUUUAGCUACCCUGGCCACCGGAGCCUGAGUCUGCGGGAGGAUACCCGCCCCUGAGCGCGGUGCUUUUCACUCGGCUGGUCGUGGGGCUACAGUGUCCGUCGACUGCCACGGACGGUGGGAUAGUCUUUCCGUGGGUUCGGUGGUUGGACAGUUUGACGGGCGCUCAUCGUCACUGCGCGGGCGUACGGCGUUAGUUUCGGGGCGGCUAGGCUUGUGCUCGGCCGGGCGACCAGCGGAGGAGGGAUUGUACAAAUGUGGCAGUGGCAGCCAGUUGUGUCCCACUGUGUCUGGGACCGAAGCCGGUAGUUUAUUGAAAUAAAAACCCGUAAUUUUGACGAGUGUCAUUCUUACGCGCGAAAGAUAUUUUUUAAAAACAAGUGUUGUUACUCUACAAACCCAUCAACUUGUCACGCUAGCCUGGUGGUAACAUUAGCAGCGUUUAGCUUAGUGACUAAUAACAGCUUUUGUGGAAAGUGCGUGGAGUAAUGUGGUUAUUUGAGCUCGUUUUGGACAUGCUGCAUUGCACAUUGUCUGUGGUCGGUUGUCAGUCCCCGUAGCCUGAGGAUUUACACAAGACUUUGACUAAGCUGUCAAAUAUUUGACACUUGACAGCGGUUUUACCUUCAACGAGGAAAGGCCAGAUUCUGCAGCGAGUCUACCAAGCAUCGGUCUUCAGUGUCUAAUAGAAGGAAUUCAAAGCUAACUGUUGCUCAGAGUCGGGGUUUCUUUCUUAAUUUAACUGGUACUGUGUGUGAGGUGUAUCCGGCGCCCCCCCUGUCAGACGGGCUUUUUCAGCUCAUGUGGUGAUGACUUUAGACUCCAUGAUGGCUUGUUGCCUGAGUGAAGAGGCGAAGGAGUCCAAACGAAUCAACGCCGAGAUCGAGAAGCAACUCCGGCGAGACAAGAGAGACGCGAGACGGGAGCUGAAGCUGCUCCUGCUGGGUACUGGAGAGAGCGGCAAGAGCACUUUCAUCAAGCAGAUGAGAAUAAUCCACGGGUCAGGCUACACAGACGAGGACAAGAAGGGCUUCACCAAACUGGUGUACCAGAACAUCUUCACCUCCAUGCAGGCCAUGAUCCGCGCAACCGAGACCCUUAAGAUCCCAUUCAAGUAUGAACAGAAUAAGAAUCAUGCCCUGCUGGUGCGUGACGUGGACGUGGAAAAGGUGUCGUCAUUCGAUCAGCCGUACAUCGGUGCGAUAAAGAUGCUGUGGACCGACCCUGGCAUCCAGGAGGCCUAUGAUCGCAGGAGAGAGUACCAGCUCUCUGACUCUACCAAAUACUAUCUAAGUGAUCUGGAUCGUAUUGCUGAACCAUUCUAUCUACCAACCCAACAAGACGUGCUUAGGGUUCGAAUCCCAACCACUGGGAUCAUAGAAUACCCCUUCGACUUGCAAAGCAUCAUUUUCAGGAUGGUGGAUGUGGGGGGUCAGAGGUCAGAGAGGAGGAAGUGGAUCCACUGCUUUGAGAAUGUCACCUCCAUCAUGUUCCUGGUGGCGCUCAGCGAGUACGACCAAGUCCUGGUGGAGUCUGACAACGAGAAUCGUAUGGAGGAGAGUAAAGCUCUGUUCAGGACCAUCAUCACAUAUCCCUGGUUCCAAAACUCUUCUGUCAUCCUCUUCCUCAACAAGAAGGACCUGCUGGAGGAGAAGAUCAUGUACUCUCACCUGGUUGACUACUUCCCAGAGUUUGAUGGUCCUCAACGGGACGCCCAGGCGGGUCGUGAGUUCAUCUUGAAGAUGUUUGUGGACUUAAACCCAGACAGUGACAAGAUCAUCUACUCCCAUUUCACAUGCGCCACUGACACAGAGAACAUCCGCUUCGUCUUCGCAGCCGUCAAAGACACCAUCCUGCAGCUCAACCUCAAAGAGUACAACCUGGUGUGAAGGAGAAAUGUAAAGAGAAAGAAUUGAGAGCAAAAGAGAAACCUGCAGCCCUCCCAAUACACAACAACAUACACGCAUACUAAAACGCACUCAGACACACUAAAGCAGAGUCCACUUCUAGAAACACACUGAGGUUCAAAGAGAUGAGUAUUGCUUUAUACUCGACCAACACUACUCCUCAGUUCUGUUUUAUCAUUCUAUGAAUUGCUCCUUCUGCACAAACACACAUGAAACACACUCAAAUACAACACUCCCUCCACGUGUCCCUCUCUCUUCGGGGGUAGUCGUUGGUCCACUCCGGGGCUCCUCUUGCUCCUCUUUUGGCCCCUGGCGAGGCUCACAUUUAUUUCUUUAACACUACAUCAUCACCAGUGCUUGUGUGUAUGACGUGGGUAGAGGGCCUUCUCUGGGCAGAGCAAGCUUUCAUGGACAAAGGGCUCUCUCCUCUUCUUCUUAUUUAACCCAUGCAUGCUAUACACUACAGAAUGAGGGCAUGAAGGUCCGGCUGCAGACCCUGCACUCCGCUCCCCUGUAAAGGGUAACUAAUUAUGACCAUAGGAAUAUAUUAUCAGGCAGUGCUGGGGUGCAGUGAGGUACUUGGUUCCCCGUGGGUCAUUAAUUGUGUAGUUGAAUUUUUCUAUUUGUUAACCCUGCCCUAAACCAGAGCACAGGCGCUCUGUUGAAUGUAAAUAACAUUUUUGUGCUGCUCACACUAAGGUGAGGGGUAGACAGAGAUGACUACACGCUCUCUGUCCACUUUCAAUAUUUUCAGCUAUUUCUUGGGUAUAUUAUUGCUACUAAUGUCAAAGUUGAAAUUGUAGAUGGUUACACAAAGUGAACACAACCCUGCAGAGCGUCACCUGUUCUUAUACACUGCUCCUCAUUGUGAAGUGUUAACGUACGUCAUGAAACAAAAGAUUGAGAAACACUUCCAAGUAUUUACACUCUGAGUAUCGACUCCUAUGUUAUUUUGUAUUGCGUUGCCAAAUUCAACCGCAUAUAUUUGUUCUGUAAAUAUGAUUACAUUACCAGUAUCCUGUUCAUCCCCUGGUUCAGAUACAAACAAAAACCUUGAGGACCUGGCUUUGACAAAAUGAAAUACAAAUUCUCUCUCAUGCCGGAUCCUUCAGAUGUUGACGGCUUAACAACUCACUUUGUGUGGCAUUUCCUUUAUGUUGACAGUUGUCUGAAUCACACAUGUAUUAGUACUGUGAUUUCUAUUUCUUUGUUUCCUCUUUAAUGGUGAGAAUAAUCUUCCUGUGCACAACGUGUGAAUGAUGACACAUUAGUCCAGUGCAAUAGUUGGUUGUAGAUGAAAUAAAAGCUUUUGCGCUGCCAGUUCAGCUUCAGUCACGAGUCUCGAUCAUCUAAACGACUCGUCUCUAAUCAACGUUAUUUUGCCAUAUUAUUCAGCCAACAUUUGAUAAACUGUAACCGAUAGCAAGAGAGUAGAUGGUUCUUUUUUGUAUUGUCUAAUUUAUCAAUCAGAUCUGCGUAUUGUUGACAGUAAAUGAGACUUCCUCCUUAGUUUCAGCGCAACAUUUUUCCAACCUUGGAGAUGGGAGGAGAUUUUAUACUGCUGUAAAAUAUCAAAACUAUUUUAUGGACAAGUGUUCUAUCUUUCUAAUGAUACUUCAUAUAUUUAGUUGUCGGAGUUCUGUUUUGAAAUGCUUGACAAUGGGAAAAAAAACACUGUUUCCAUGUUGGGUUUAUGCUUUAUGCAAAUAGGAAAAUGAAAACAGACAAAAAACUUAGUGGUUGAAUAUUUACUGUUCGAGGAUGCUUGCAUUUUCUUUGUAAUUUUAGGGAUAUGUGUUGCUCUUGGUACCAAUCCCAUAUCGUGUCUCUUGCCUGAUAGUUGUUUAAAUAUUCCAUUAAGCUGAAAGUUGAUAGAUGGCUAUUUUUGUCUUCACAAUGUAAUUCAGGUAAGUUUUCAUAACUUUUUCAUCACAAGGGCUACUACUAGCAGCUUUGGUAGAAAUGAGAAGGACUCUAUGGACGGAGUAGAGCGAACGGUGAAAUUAAUUAAAGGGGGGGGGGUGUUGACAUCCUACUGAGGAUGAAGGUCGCAGGUUCAGUGAGGGAGGAAUGCAGCAGUCCACAGAUGCCUACGCGACAUUCCCGAGGGAAGUGUGGCGGCUGUUUGGCUCUUUGUUCGCCAUCUCUUUUUUUUUUUUUGCCUUUCAGAAGAGGACGAUAGCUAACGUCAAAGGAAGUGGGGUUUUUUCCCCGAAGGUGCAAGAGCACAUUGUUAGCAUCCUAACUGUCCUGCACCUAAACCUUUUCUUUUGCUCUUGUCACAGAUUGUGUGCUGAUCGUCUUGGCUUUACAAUAAUUUCUGUUAUGUGGUUAUGCAUAUUUGUUUUAUCUUCUCAUUGGUAGUGUUUCCAUGCUUGACAUCAUCUGUGUUGGACUCAGAAAAAACGAGUCAGACUAAACUUCUAAGAAAAACGGACUUAGAUGAAAUUGUUUGCCAAAUGUUACUUCAAAUUUUCUUGUACAUUUUCCAAAAGAAAGAUAUUUUUCUUUUGUCAGACGACCUUGCCAGAGUACACUUUGCACCUCUCAUGUAAAUGUGCACAUUAUGUUGAUGAUGCCUUUGUCUUGUAUAUUUAUGUCCACAUUUUUUCUUGAGGAUUUUUUCAGGAUGAAGCUUCACAAACACUUAUUUUAUCUUGCAGUUCACUUUUGGUUCGAAAUUAAGAGCUUAUGUAUUUUGAUAUAUGAAUGAAUAAACUGACAUACUUGAGGUGAGACUUAGGCUAAUAUGGUCAUGUCUAUUUAAAAAUCUUACCUUUGCUUUUAGAGAUCACACUCGAUUCCCCUGAACUGUGGUUUAACACCUUGAAAUCUGAUGUGUGAUCCCUUACACUUUAUAUUAUGUAGAUUAUUUGAUGUUUAGCUAAUUGGAUUGAAUACACUUCUGCCAGGAUAAAAAUGAAAGCGCAUUUGCAAAAACUUUGUUUUUUCACUUUCAACAUGUGAACUUGAUGCCUCGUCUGGUUUAUUAUGGCACAGGGACGAACACAGAGAAAGUCAAAUGGCAAACACCACCAGUGAUUAGAGCCGCAGCAGAGCUGGGUCAUGUAUCUAAAACCUUUUGCAUUCGUGUGUACCGUAUUUGCUUUAUCCGCAUUGAAUGCAAGUUGGAACAUUUUUUUUUACGACAAUCUAGUACAAAACACCGUGCCAAGCAGAAUCAAUCAGCAACAGAAAAGAUAUCAAAAACUACACCUUUGUAAUAACUUGACCCAGAUCUGUGGUGAAAACUGGUCUCCAUCCACUUGUGCAUUUAUAUAUUUUUUUUUUUUCCAAAUGAAGCUUGUGUGUUAAGCCUCAGUAUUAAUGUAUUUAUUGAAACACUUGCCAAGUGAAGGUACUGAAAUGGCCAUUAUAAUAUUUUUGGGUGGUUAUAAUAACGAGUGAGUGAAUAUGCCGCGUGUUUACAUGUCUGCCAUUCUCCGCUCCGCUGUUUUUUUUUUUUUCCUCCCUUACUUGAUUGGACUGUGUAUUCUUUCCCUGGGUCGAAGGCACUGAAACUGCACCACUGCAAUGGGCCUGCAUUCAUGCAACUUAGACGUCCUUUCAAACGCGCUUGUUGGUACUCUAAGGUGUGUAUGUUUGUGUGUACACUUUUGAUGGCUAUUGCUUAUGCUUGAGAUCCAUUCUGGUUAGAGGGAUGGACAUACAGUGAUAUUAGCUAUCUUUGCAUAUAUUUUUUUUUCUCUUUUGUAAGGUUGACACACCUUAACACGUGUAUUUAGGACCACUUAAGAUGACAGACUUUUUUAAGAGUUAAACUUUGUGUAGUGGUGUACAAAUUGAAGUUAAUGUAAAUUUUUGUUUGAUUUUUUUUUUCUUUCUUUUUUCUUUUUUUAAUUUUUUUAAGUAUACCAAAUGUAAAUUAUGUACAAUGAGUGUGCCAAUCCCCUUUCUUUGUAAAGCCAGACUCUUAACAAGUGCCAAUGUUGUGAAAAAUCAAGAGGGCCUGUGAAUUUCAUGGUCCAGUUUUUAAAACGAAUAAACACUAAGUAUGUGAUUAAUUAACAAAAAAAGGACAAUUUUAUUCUAUAUUUAAGAUUAAUGAUGAACUGCUGUUUUUAAGAUAAAUGUCAUUUUAACUGCAUGUGUUUGCCAGGUUGGGGAGGGAGUGGGUGGGUGAGAUACUGUAUUCAUGCAACACCCUCAUGAAAAGGGUCCUAAUGGUUAUUGAUUUACAGUAUUUUAGCCAUAUUUCUCUUUUUGUAUGUUUCAUUUCAACCACUGUUGCCUGAACCUCAUUCAGACAUGAAAAUGAUUUUCAUAGCCUUCUCCUUUAAAUGUUUUAAAUUGGAAUAAAAUAUGUUCCUAUACUCUC